CGGAAGCGAAGCCUGGCAAUAUGAACAAGCGCAUCUUGCUUACUCGUGUCUGGCUGCGAGAGGUCCCUCCAAAAGCACUGGAAGACCAUUCAAAGCCUUCUUGUCUCUCGACAUGAAUGUCUUGUCUUCAGGGACUGAGAAGCACGGGAUGGAUCUCUUGGAAGCAGUGUACGAAAUGAUGAUACAAGAUGGAUAUCUGAGAUGGAGAGGUGGUCCAGUAUUAAGCACGUUUGGAGGACACGAAGCCAGGUUCGGUGAUUGGGGCUGGCCGGGGUUCAUAGAGAGGCUGAAUGAGAGAUUGGACGGAAAGAUCAUGUUCAUCCCUGCCUUCUUCAUGCCUCCGAAGGAUUUCCUCACUCUUCCCUAUGUGGAUGGUGCAUUCAACUGGAACAGUGCAUGGCCACAAGGAGACCAUUCUGCCAAUGUAGUGGAAGACGAGGCUUUUUGCGAGGACCCCAUCUCCUUCCAGGUCAAACCUUACAUGGCAGCUGUAUCUCCGCUCUUCUUUACUCAUUAUGGGUCGUCGGGUGAAUGGGCUUUCAACAAGAACUUCAUCUACCGCUCGGAUGACCUCUUGUACCCAUGGCGGUGGCACGCUCUGCUCUCGCUACCACCGAACAAAUCGCCCAACAUCAUCCAAAUCAUCUCCUGGAACGAUCACGGCGAGUCUCAUGCCAUCGCGCCCGUGAGGCAUAAUCAGCCAGGUUCAGAAGAAUGGACAAAGGAUAUGCCUCAUGAGGCUUUUCGAGAGAUGACCAGGUACUUUGUUCGCCGUUGGCGGGAUGGCUUGGGAGAAGUGGAAGAAUUCGCACCGCAGAGUAAGGGAGACCUGGAGAGCACAGUCAAAGUCUGGGGCUGGUGGCGGUGUCAUUCGAAAGAUCUUAAGGCAAGCGAUGAUCCAGUUGGGGAACCAGUUCAUGCAGACUGGGCCCGAGAUUUACUCAACUUUCUGAUCGUCGUGCCUGAGACCUCAUCCCCUUUCCACAUGGUCGUACAUAAUGGCCCAAACCCUCAACCUCAUCAUCUCGAGUCGGGAAAGGCAAACCUCAUCACAAUUCCCUUCGUUCCUGGUCUUGUGGGCUUUGAGGUGAUGGAAGGAUCCACAGAUGUGAUCAUCUCGGCAUCAGGCAAAGAGAUAGCGGAUCAGAUCCAGAAGUAUAAUUUCAACAUGUGGGGCGGGUCGUGGGAGGUAAAAGUCGGUGUAAGACCAUCUUGAUGUAUGAAGUGAUAUGUGGUCAACGUGAGUCUGACCGACCUGGUUCUGUCAGACCGCUUCUAAGGAAUGGAGCGCGACGCCGCCCAAAGUUGUUCGGAUCCGAAUUUCCCGCUGGCACAUGUGA